UGUAGCUCUCAUCCUUCAGCAGUUCAGCUUGACUCAUCUUUCUUUCUUCUCUCUAAGAGUUGGUGAGUAGUGAGCACAUUAUAGUAUAAUGGGUUUCUCUCAUUUCUGCUUGGCAAUCUCUGCGGCUGUAUCUUUAGCAGUUAUUGCUUCUGCCAGCGAUGGAGUUUAUGGUGCCAAUUAUCCCAAUCUUGAGAAACCAAACCUGGAAAAGGACAAGUUACUCUCCACAUUAAUUGGGAUUCAAGGACUCAUUUACUGCAAAUCAGGCCCCGAACUCAUUCCUCUUGCAGGAGCUGUGGCAAGGGUAACAUGCCUUGCAGUUGAUGACUAUGGAUACGAAACAGCACCUUUGUCCAUCCUGAGUGGAGCAACCGAUGCUAAGGGCUACUUCUUUGCAACCUUAUCACCUUCAGAGGUCGAAGAUGAAAGGAAGAUUAAAGAGUGCAAGGCAUUCUUAGAGGUGUCUCCAUUAUUGAAGACUUGCAAUGUUCCCACGGACGUGAACAAGGGGAUCUCUGGUGCUCUUCUUGAUUCUUAUCAAUUCCUUACCCAGAAGAAUAUGAAAUUGUUCACUGUGGGGCCUUUCUUCUACACUUCUGAGACUGAUUAG